AUGGACGGCAUGAGUAUGGCUACCACCACAACCGCCAUGUCGGCCACUGGCACCAUGACUGGUAUGGCUGCUGCCACUAGCACCAAGGCUGCCAUGUCAAUGGGUGGCGGUUCCUGCAAGAUUUCUAUGUUGUGGAACUGGCAGGUCCUGGGCGUUUUCCUUCUCACGAUCUCCCUCGAAAUGCUUCGCCGUGCCGUCAAGGAGUACGACAGAUACCUGAUCCGCAACCACCAGGCCCGCUACGCUGGCUCCGGUGCCGGUCCCAGUUCGGAGAGUGCCGGUGACAACGGAAAGGGACCGUCAACCUCCGUCACCGCAGCUGGUAACGCUAGUAUCCCUCCCUUCCGACCGAACGUCCUCCAGCAGGCCAUCAGGGCGCUGCUUCACAUGGUCCAGUUCGCCGUUGCCUACUUCAUCAUGCUCCUCGCCAUGUACUACAACGGUUACAUAAUCAUCUGCAUCUUCCUCGGAUCCUACAUCGGCUCUUUCAUCUUCCAGUGGGAGACGCUCUACGAUGGACCGACCUCUGCCGCCAAGGAGGCUACGGUUUGUUGCGGUUGA